UUUUUUACAUUUGGAAGGUUCUGUCCCAAUGUUAACCUAAAAAGCCCUGGGGACGAGUUUGGGGGGGAUGCGAAUUCGAAAUACCUUUGUAAUUAUUAUUGCUUAAAGGGUCAAGAGAAGGAUUUUGUGGGGAAUAUUAAGGAAAGAAAUAAAAACUGCCUGCCAAUGCUUGUAAAAAAGUAUCCGCAGGAGCCUACCUACAAAUCUUUAAAUAAAGGUUGAAAAGGUUGUCAAUUGUCCUUCUUUUCCAGGACGCUUAUCGAGAAGUUUAUAUAUUGUCUUUUUAUAUGGAUCUAAGACCGUAUUUUGGGAAUCGAUUCGCCGGGCCCCGGAACGUCAGAACCUUAUAGAGCAGGGAAUUAGAAAAAAUCAAAGCAUGAUGAAGAAAAAUGUAACGUUGAAGAUGCAACUCCCGUUUCCAAGAAAGUGCAUCACCUGCGAUAAGUUUUACCUGAGUUUAAUUUAUGCUUCUGCAGCCAAUUUUUCAUAUUUUCUAAACCUCGAACUAGCAAUUACCCCUUUCAAAGCUGAUGUUUCCUUCUUCCUGUUUUAAACAUGUUUAUAAAUCUCCCCCUCUAGGAGAGUGUUUACGGGCGACAUGGCGGAAAAAAAUAAUGCGCGCUUUUGCUUAUUGGCCCCAGUCUUCUUAGGGUGCAAAUUUGGAUUAUUAAUGGUAGACACACGGAUGGAAAUCCUGUGUUGUUGUUUUUGUUUUUUUAGUCACAUAUUUUAGUCACAACUUAUAGCUAUUAAACAUGCCUGGUUCAAACUGCUCUAUAAGUGGCUGUGGGACAUGUCGAAGGGGUCAAAAUCCUUAUGGCAUAUUUAAAGUUCCUGUCCCUAAAUCAGACGAUGAUUUUCAUAACACAUGGAGAGACGAACUGAUAAAAAUUAUUUGCAAAGAUAGGGAGAAGACAGAUAAGUUACAGAAACAAAUUGAUGAAAGUAGGCUUCACAUCUGCGAAAAACACUUUAAAGACGAUCAGUUUUAUACUCACUCGUGUCGGAAAAGCCUCAACGAAGGAGCCUUACCCACCCUAAAUCUUCCAACGCCCGAAACGAACGUCAUAGAGAAUUUGGUUCGCAAAUCAAUAAAAGAGGAAAAUGAGACCGUCAUGAAUGCGCUCGUCGGAAAUGUAAAAUCUGUACGAUACGAGGACUUAAAAUCGCUCAUGAACAGCAUCGAAGCAGCUAAAAUUACUGGCUGGAAAGUUAGUGCUGAAAGUGAAAACUUUUACGUGACCGACGAAAAUUCAAUCAAGUAUACUUCGCGCGUGGUCAAAUUUCUGAAGUACAAGCCACCGUAUAUUUUGCCUAAGUACGAGAUGUACGUAGACGAUAGCUUGAGCUUUACCAUUCGCGUGUUUGGUUGGUUGCUACCGGAUACGCAUCCUGUUUAUAAAGACAACUUUCGCUCAGUGCAGUUCAUUACCGUGACAAAUUUAAUAAACGUGAUUGAAAAAUAUAACAUCUGUGAAGGAGUGUGCGACAAAUUGCUGUUGGGAAAUACCGUAAAGCAUGCUAUACCAAAAGAGUUUGAUAUCCGGGACAGCGAGUCUUAUGGUUUAAAUCAACAAGAAUAUAACCGUUCUGUAGAGUGUUUUGUUAUCGUUCACGGAGGUACAGUUUGUCGUUCGUGUAAGGAGAUUCAACAAAAAGAGCAGAAAGAAAUUAACAGGAAAAACCGGAUUUCACAAACGCCCGCUAAACUUCGUGCUCCGAUGAGCAACACAUCUAAAGAACGUAUCAUCCUGGCUUUAAAAGAGCAAAGAGCCGAAAAUAAGGAAUUAAAAGAAUCUUUGAAGAAAUUGAGAGAUCAAAAAUAUAAAGAAUGUCAGGAGGAAAUAAAGAAUUUAACGAGAGAGAUUUUUAAGCUGCAAUCCGAGCUGAAGGAAGCAUCUACUCCGUUCAGUCUGUUUCGAAGAUUAAACGAAGCACUAGAGGAAAACCAAGACCUUCAAACAUCACCAUUCAUGAAAGUCUUCUGGAAGGAACAGAUCGAAUAUUUACAGCAAUACGAAGGUACGGGUAAUGGAGUCCGUUAUAACCCGUUAAUUAUUUUAUUUUGUCUUGAUUUAUACGAAAAGUCCGCGUCCAUAUAUGAGAAGCUAAGAUAUAAACGAAAAGAAGGCACGGGCGUUUUAUAUUUGCCGUGUCCAAGAAGACUGCGCGAUUACAAAAAUGAAAUUGUGAAAAAAGAGGAAAAAGAAAUACAAGAGAAAGAACAAAGUGAUGUACAAAGCGUGACGGACAGUCUCGCUUGUUCUGAAAAUCGAGCUAAAAGCAAAAGCGAACUGACUAUUGCAACUAGCAAAGAAAAUGUGAGCGGGAAACACUAUCCUAAAAGAAAGAGCAAUGUUGCUCACAAGAAAGAAAAAAACUUAAAGAAGAAAUCUUUAGAAACUAAGAAAGACGAGUCUGAUGAUAGAACACCUGUUACAAAGAAAAAGAAAACCUGCGAUAGAGAGAAUAGUCCAGCUAAAGAGAAGAGUAAUAGUGGGAAAACUACACUGAAGAAAAAGAAAGCCAGUAAAGGUCGAUGCAGUUUGAAGAAAGGUGUUGCUAUUGAUGAAGUUUCCCUUCCAUCAUUACUCAAAAAAGUAACACCAGGUGAAUUAACAGUAAAUCCGGAUAAAAGGACUAUGAAUCCGGAUGACACGACUAUGAAUCCAAAUGAAACGACUAUAAAUCAUGAUGGAUGGACAAUGAACCGGGAUAAAACGACGGUAAAUCCUGAUAAAGUAACUGCAGGUUCGGAUAAAACGACAGUGAAUUCGGAUAACAUGACAGUAAAUCCGGAUGAAACGACAGUUGAUUUCGUUAAACACACGGCAAUUGCUGUUAAAAACACUGUGGUUCCCGACAAUUAAAAGCUGUUGAAAAUAAUGUUGCAGCAACAUGAGAAUAGAGAAGAGAGAUUUAUUUAGUUUAUAUAUUUUUCGUUUUUAUUAAAACAAUGGACAAUUAAAAGUAUGACAUGC